ACGAAAAUCGUUCAGUACAAUUUUAUCAUUUAGCGCGAACUACAAGUAUUUGUUGAGAUAGAGUUCAGUUCUUAGUAGAAGAGUAACAAAUCACAAGUUAAUCUAACUAACUAGUAAAAGUAUUUCCUUACACAAAAAGCAACAAAAAAAACUAUAUUCCAAAGUAUUUACACAUGUUAAAGUGAACAUUAAAACAGCUUUGGGCCAAAGUAUUUUUCCACAAAGAAAGAAAGGAAAACAUAUAGACGACAGACAUCACAACCAGAACGAAAAAAAAAAACAUACGAAAGAAUACUAAAUACAGCUUUACCUAAUUUAUUCUCCAACUAAACCUACUGAACCCAGGACUUGGAAAAAACAAACACAUAACGAAUUUAUACCAUCGUCACACUAAAUAGCAAAGAAUAACUAUGGAUUUUACAGAAUAUCGUCAAAGGGGCAAAGAAAUGGUCGAUUAUAUAGCCGACUAUUUGGAAAAUAUACGUGAUCGUAGAGUUUUUCCCGAUGUUAAACCGGGUUACAUGAAGAAUCUCCUACCCGAUUCAGCACCACUGGAAGGUGAACAAUGGGAUGCCAUAUUCGGAGAUGUUGAACGUGUCAUUAUGCCCGGCAUUACCCACUGGCAAAGUCCUCAUAUGCAUGCCUAUUUUCCAGCCCUAAAUUCAUUUCCUUCAUUAUUGGGUGAUAUGUUAGCUGAUGCUAUUAAUUGUCUGGGUUUCACCUGGGCCAGUUCACCGGCUUGUACAGAAUUGGAAAUUAUAGUAAUGAAUUGGUUGGGUAAAAUGAUUAAUCUACCAGAUGAAUUUCUACAUUUGAGUAGUGCAAGUCGUGGUGGUGGUGUAGUGCAAACUACUGCCAGUGAGGCUACAUUGGUUUGUCUGUUGGCCGGGAGGACUAGAGCUAUUCAGCGUUUUCAUGAGAAGAGACCUGGUUAUCAGGAUGCUGAAAUAAAUGCUCGUUUGGUGGCCUAUUGUUCGGAUCAGGCUCAUUCGAGUGUUGAAAAGGCGGCUUUAAUAGGCUUGGUCCGUAUGCGUUAUAUCGAGGCUGAUGAAAACUUAUCUAUGCGCGGCCAACUUUUAAGAGAAGCCAUUGAAGAUGAUAUACGCCAGGGUCUAGUGCCUUUUUGGGUUUGUGCUACUUUGGGCACCACUGGUUCCUGUUCUUUCGAUAAUUUAGAAGAAAUUGGCAUUGUUUGCCGUGAGUUUAAUUUGUGGCUGCAUGUUGAUGCUGCCUAUGCUGGCAGUGCUUUUAUAUGUCCAGAAUUUCGCACGUGGCUUAAGGGUAUUGAGCGUGCCGAUUCAAUUGCUUUUAAUCCUUCCAAAUGGCUAAUGAUACAUUUUGAUGCCACAGCUUUGUGGGUCAAAGACAGUACGGCUGUUCAUCGUACUUUCAAUGUGGAGCCUUUAUAUUUGCAACAUGAAAAUUCGGGUGUUGCUGUUGACUUUAUGCAUUGGCAGAUACCUUUGAGUCGUCGUUUUAGAGCUUUGAAAAUUUGGUUUGUUUUACGUUCCUUUGGCAUUAAGGGGCUUCAACGUCACAUACGUGAGGGAGUACGUUUGGCACAAAAAUUCGAGGCUUUAGUAUUGGCUGAUCAUCGUUUUGAAAUUCCUGCUAAAAGGCAUUUGGGUCUGGUGGUUUUUCGCAUAAAAGGCGAAAAUGAAAUAACAGAACGUUUGCUUAAACGUCUUAAUCAUCGAGGCAAUUUACAUUGUAUACCUUCCUCCCUCAAGGGCAAAUAUGUUAUACGUUUUACUGUGACUUCCACUCGUACCUCUGUAGAUGAUAUCUUAAAAGAUUGGAUGGAAAUAAAAAAUGCAGCUACCGCCAUUUUAGAGGAAAUGAAUAUUACCAUAUCCAAUCGUGUAUAUUUAAAAGAUACCAAAGAAAAAUGUGAGGGUUUCGGCUCUAGCUUAUUACUUUCCAAUUCACCACUAUCGCCCAAAAUUGUAAAUGGUUCUUUUGCGGCCUUAUUUGAUGCUGAUGAGUUUUUGGCCAAAACUUAUGCCGGUAUUCGAAUUGCACAUCAAGAAUCCCCUUCAAUGCGUCGUCGUGUUCGUGGUAUUUUAAUGUCGGGUAAACAAUUUUCUUUGGAUUCUCAUAUGGAUGUGGUUGUACAGACUUCUAUGAAUUCUCACACCACCAAUUCAAGAAUGGUCGAUUGUUAUGGCAAGACUUCAGCAAGUAGUAAGAACGAAGAACGUGAUUCUAUAUGUGAAGAUGAAGAAAGUCUGGAAGGUAUGAAGCCCAGAUUGUGAAAUGAAUUGGUUACUGAACACAACUCUCCAAUUAAAUCCCAAAAGUUACUUAGCAGUAUUAAACAAACAUCAAAAACUAACACCAAUCGACAUCAUUCAUCACCAGAAUAACUUAUCAUUAUUAACAAGAUAUGCAAAAAGAUAUGAAGUAAAUAACUUCACAAAAUCAGUGAAUAGUGUUAGAACCCCUUUAACUCAAUAUCAGCUAUAUACCCGCCCUAGACGUCCACCACCUUUAAAUACCGAACUAAGUAAAGAUUUAAGUGAAAAACAAACAGAUUUAACAAAUCUAUAUCCUGGGAAACGUUAUUUAAAUUUGGAUUUAACUCCGCACAAUGAUUCAAUAUUUACCGAUACAAUCUUUAACCUGCCGACACCAACGGAAGAUCUUAUACCCAUAAUAAUAACAGCAGAUACACCAACAUCCUCUACGAAUAGUGUACCAGAAAUUGAAGAUUUAAAUAAACUACAUCCACCUAAUAGUAGUUUUAUAGCAAUGUUAGAAUCUGAUAAUGAAGUUGAGGAUUUGAAGAAACUUUUACCUUCUACCUCAAUAUUAAUACCAAUUGAAGAAAUGGCUGAGGAAACAAAAGAUAUUGAAGAAAGUCUAGUGUCUAAUAUAAAUACUAUAACAAAAGAAGAUUUGCGCGAAGAUAAAGCAGCAAACUCUUCUUCAUUUAGCAAUUUAAUGUAUUCUGAAGAUAAUCAAGAUAAAAUAGAAGAUUUAACUCCUAUAAAUAUGAAUCCUUUUUUAAUGCAAAUAUAUCCUACUAUAGUUAAAGAUUCUUCACAUGAUCAAGAGUUAAAAUAUCCAUCUAUAGAAGAAGACUCUUCAGUUUUCAAAGCAACAAAUACAGAAAGCAAUAUGCAACCGCCAAUAUCUUCAAAUAAAGCGGAAGAUUUGCAACUUUUCAAGGAUAUAAAUAAAGAUGAUAAUCCUUCAUGUUCCAAAGACUUAAGAAAUGAAAUUAUUACAAAACUUCCAAAAGGUUCAACUAAAGACGAAGAUUCUUCAGUUUUUGGCCAACUUAGUAAUGAAAGCAGUUAUGAGCCAUCAAAAUCCGUUUCUAAUUUUGAAGAUCCUUUUGAUUUGAAAGAAUUAAACCGUAAACUCAAUAUACAGUCUUCAAAAUCUUCCAGUAUUACAGAAAAUUCUUUAGGUUUUAAAGACUUAAACAUCAGUUUAAAUCAAUCGAUGGAUUUCUUAAUUGAUUCUGCAAAAUCUUCGUUGGUUUUUAAAGAUUCUUCAGAUUUAGAAGAACUAAAUCCGGGAACUUCAAAAUCAUUGAGUUUUACAGAAUGUACUUCAGAAUUAAACAAAAAUUUAAGACAAUCAAAGGAUUCGUCGUUUAUUGAAGGUAUAAAUAAUGAAGGCAAUAAUCAACAAGCAAAUGAUGCUAAUCUUAAUGAAGAUUCUUCACUUUCUAAACAAUCAAGUACAGAAAACAGUAAUUUAUCAUCGAAUAAUAAACCCUCCAACUUUUAUAGUGAUAUAAAGAAAACUUCCAUGUCCAACGAAAGCGAUAAACAAUCUCCAAAAUCUUCGGAUGUAGUUAAAGAUUUAACGGGUUCUAAAGAAACUGGAAACAAUAUUCAAUCCUCAACUUAUACAGACGUAAUGGAAGAUUCAUCAGUUUUUAAGGAAUUAAGUAAUGAAAGCAAUAUAAAGACUUUAAAAACAACUUUGGUUUUGGAAAGCUACACAGAUCUCAAAGAAUUACCCAAUGAAAGCAAUAACCCAAAAGCUAAGUGUUCAACCCAGUCAGAUAAUUUUCCAAAUUUCAAAAACUUUAGUAAAGAAUUUGCCCUGGAACCUACAACAUCAUCUACUUUUGUUGAAAAUACUUCAAAUUUCAAGGCAUUCAAUACCAAAAGCUAUACAAAUGAAGACGUCUCCCUCUUUAAACCCUUAACCAAAGAUAAUAGUAUACAAUCUUUAAAAUCUUCAAGUCCUUUAGAAGAUUUUUCAGAUUUUAAAGAUUGCGAAAGUUCUAAUCAAUCUUCAAAAUCUUCUUCUGCUUUAGAAGUUGCAACAGUUUUUAAAGAAUUAAAUAAAGAAAAACAUAAACCAACAAAAAUAUUGAAUAGUAAAUCUAAAGAUGAUUCCUCAUCGUCAGAUGAAUUUUUACAAUCAGCACGUCAGCCAUCGAAUUAUUCAGAAGAUUCAUCUAGCGAGUCAUCAUCUUUGGAAUUGAUGUGAUUGAAAAUUCUAAGGAUAACGGAUAAAUUGCAAAUAUUCGUAUCCAGACUGCUGUGCUAGCAAUAAAAUUAGUGUAAAUCAAUACUAACCAUAUAAAAGAAUAUAAUUUAAUAUUUUAAUUAUAAUAAUAACAAAAAACUAUUUAACUAUUACCCCAAAUCAGCUUUGUAACUAAAAAUUUUUGUUGUGCUUCUAACAAUCAUUAAAAAUUAAUAAAUUAUAAAUUAAAAUGCUUGAAUAUUAUAGAAGAUAAGUUUUAAAAGUGUGCUGUUAUUAUGAUCAUUUUAAAAAGCAUUUCAAUUACUUAUAUGUGUGUGUGUACUAUAUGUAUAUCAGAAAACUGUACUAUUUAAUAUAUUAAACUAAUAAAUGUAUAUGUAU